UUCACAACCUAUAGAACCAAGUUCAAGAAAACAAACCACCCAACAAUGGCAACCAAGUUUGAAAUAUUAUUCAUACUCUUUGCAUCCUUCUCUUCAUUCCUCUCCUCUGCCUCAUCAUCUGUCGCCUCAGACGACAUAAACCAGUGGUGCAACAAAACCCCAUAUCCCGAACCAUGCAAAUACUUCAUGAGCAAUGGCUCUCACAAUUUUGUACCCAAACAAAAAUCCGAGUUCAGAAAGAUGGCCAUGCAAAUAGCCAUGGAGAGAGCUCUCAAUGCCGAGACUCACACUAAGUGGCUCGGGUCCAAAUGUCGCAAUGAGCUCGAAAAAAAUGCAUGGUCUGAUUGUUUGAAGCUCUAUGAGAGCACAAUUCUCCAACUCAACAAUACACUAGACCCUAACACAAAAUGUUCUGAUUUUGAUGCUCAGACGUGGCUCAGCACGGCUUUGACAAAUCUUGAGACUUGUCGAGCUGGGUUCAUUGAGUUAGGUGUCUCUGACUUCAUGUUGCCUCUCAUGUCUAACAAUGUUUCGAAGCUAAUCAGCAACACUUUGGCUAUUAACAAUGGCUCAACCGAGAAACAAACGUAUAAAGAAGGUUUUCCCACUUGGGUUUCACCUGGAAACCGCAAGCUGUUGCAAUCGCCGUCUCCAGCAGCAAAUCUCGUGGUGGCUCAAGAUGGUUCGGGGAAUUACCCGACCAUUCAAGCAGCCCUAGAUGUCGCGGCGAAGAGGAGCGGCAGUGGGAGAUUUGUUAUACAUGUGAAAAGUGGUGUUUAUAAGGAAAAUAUUGAGAUUGGCAACAAAAUGAAGAAUAUUAUGCUCGUUGGUGAUGGCUUGAAAAACACCAUUAUCACUGGCAGUCGAAGCGUGGGAGGAGGUUCCACCACCUUCAACUCUGCAACUGAUUCAUUGCCCGUGAUAUAACAUUCCGUAACACAGCUGGACCACAAAAUCACCAAGCUGUAGCACUUCGAUCUGGCUCUGAUCACUCUGUUUUCUAUCGUUGUGGUUUUGAAGGAUACCAAGAUACACUCUAUAUUCAUUCUCAACGGCAAUUUUACAAAGAAUGUGAUAUUUAUGGCACGGUAGAUUUCAUAUUUGGAAAUGCUGCAGUAGUUCUCCAAAAUUGCAUGAUAUAUGCUAGAAAACCCAUGAGCGGGCAAAAAAAUACUGUAACAGCACAAGGAAGAACUGACCCUAACCAAAAUACUGGCAUUUCAAUUCACAAUUCUCAAGUCCUCGCUUCAUCCGACCUAAAACCAGUACUUAGCUCAAUCAAGACGUAUUUGGGAAGGCCUUGGAAGCAAUAUUCACGUACUGUUUAUCUACAAACUUACCUUGACACCUUGGUUGAUCCUACAGGUUGGUUAGAAUGGGAUGGUAACUUUGCUCUAAAUACUUUGUAUUAUGGAGAAUAUAAGAACUCAGGUCUUGGUUCUUCAACUAGUGGCAGAGUAAAGUGGGGUGGUUAUCGAGUUAUUUCUAGCUCAACGGAAGCAUCACAGUUCAGCGUCGCAAAUUUUAUAGCUGGUCAGUCGUGGUUGCCUUCUACCAGUGUGCCAUUCACUUCUGGCCUCUAAUUGUAUUGUAUUUGAUCAGUUCAUAUAUUUGUUACUGCUCUGUUCUUUAGUCUUUCCAUUCUACACAAAACAUAGGGAAUCCCAGAAAGUGUAUUUUUAAGAUCUCAAUAAAGAAUAAGUGUAUUUUUAAGAUCUCAAUAAAGAAUAAGAUGAUUUUUUAACCUUUCUUGCUA